AUGGAACGAAGAACCCCCAAUCUGCUACCGCAGGUCCCUCGGACAGAACAAUUGGAUUUCCCCAGGGAUGAUGGAACACUUCGUUCUAUUACUGAGCGGCCUACCGACGUAGCUGAGCGUACUGGUGUCGAAAUAUCGUCGGCAGUCUUGGGGCAGGACAACAACACUGGCCAGGUUCCUUUUUACACUGGCGAGUCUCCGGGAUUUUCAUCCAUUCUCGAUGUCUGCACACAACCAAACCAAACUGUGCCAAGGCAUAUUUUGCUUUCACCAAAUAUAUCGGCCUCCCUAUCUACUCAAGAUAGUGAAUACCUUCAGCAUAAAGGUGUGUUUACCAUGCCGCACAAAAAUACCUCUGCCGAACUUCUCCGCGCGUAUUUUCAUAAUAUACACCCUAUCAUGCCAAUCAUUGAUGUGACGGCGUUCUUCAAUUCCAAUCAAAUCAAUGAGUUGAAUUUACUUUUAUUGUGGAGUAUUUUCUUCGCAGCUUCAAAUUUUGUCGGCGAGAAUGUUUGGUCACUUGAAGGCUACUCAUCCCGCAAGGAGAUGAAACAUGUGAUGUAUUCUCGCGCGAAGUGCAUGUACGAUAAUGGUGGCGAGGCGGACAAGGUAAUCCUCACACAGUCUGCCCUUCUUAUGGGAUUUUGGCACUCAAAAGAAGACAGCCAUGCGCAACCAUGGUACUGGGUAGGGGUUGCGAUCAGCCUUUGUCAAAUGUUGGGCUUGCACCGAGACCCGGAUUCAGCCAAGGUCAAUUCUGCUUAUCCUGCUCGCCGGCGUCCUAUCUGGCGCCGUCUUUGGUGGACCUGUUUCUACCGAGACCGCUGGUUGAGUUUGACAUUGGGGCGGCCUCUGAGGAUCAACCUUGACGAUUGUGACCUCCCGAUGCCUGCAGCCUCUGAUUUGCUUGGUGAUGUAGCUGAGCUACCAACGUCAAUUACCAGCGCUUAUUUUCCCAAGGACUUACCUCAAUUGGCUGAUUAUUGGGUCAAUUUGAUCAACAUGAGCAAGCUUCUAGGUGAGAUUCUCGCACUGAGUUAUAAACCUUCGGGCGCAAGCCCAACACUCCAGCAAUUUGAUUCCCUCAAAACGAAGCUCUUGCAAUUCCGGGUACCAGCUAGACCUGGGCAUGAACAAAGUCCUUUGGCAGCCUUUUAUGCAUAUCACUUACAACUGCAUUACCAAGCUGCUUUGAUCACCUUCUACCGCCCCUACAUCACCAAAAUACCGAAAGACCUUGAAUCUGCCCACGUGGAGGCAUGGCAAAGUGAGAUCGGGAACCACCUAGACUCAGCAGCAUUGCAGUCCAAUGCCAUUCUCAAUGACCUUGUACGAGAAAGACUUCUGGUUUUUGCCGCUCCGAUGACGUUAGUUCUUCAUAACCACACCAGUCGCCCUACACUAUUAGUGCCUGCUAUGCACAUCCACCUCCGUAAUUGCAACUCUACGGAUGCUCUUAUGCGUCGCGUAGGCUUCAACAAUUUGGAGCUAUGUAUGAUGGUCAUGGAAGAGUUGCAGGAUACGUACGCAGCGGCUGCUUUGUAUCGAGGCGUUUUCCUGGGCGCUAUCAACAAAAUAUGCCCCCAAUUGUUGGUUGGCUCGACCAUGCGAAAUUCUAACCUAUCUGAUCCGUCUACUGCACAUCUGGAAACACCGGAAGAAUCGGCCAUACUUCCCCCGGUCAGCGACGAUGCCCUCAACACACUUUUGGAUGAUACAUCAUUCCUUGACUUUUGGGACUCUUUCAAUGGCAUCUCUAAUUCUAGUGAUGUACCAUAUUAA